AGACCCUGGUGAUGUGACGUCAGUGCUCGUCUGCUGUCGGGGAGGACAGCACGGGAAUAACGGAACAGAUGUGUCCACUCAAUUUCGUUUCGUUCAGCUGUAUUUCUGCACAUAAAUCAUUUAUUGGGGAGCUGUCUGGGUAGGACACAUUCUGGAGAGCUAAUGUGUGUGUGGGGGCGUAGGUAUACGGUAAAACGAAUUUAAGUCUGCCUGGAUGGAUACAGAAUCUCUGCAGAGCAGCUGCAAGUGAUCCUCCUCACGAUCGCAUGUCUAUGGCGCCUAAAAGAGUGUUGCAGAACUAGCUAACUGGUCUGUCUGGCUGCCUGGUCUGUCACCAAAUCAAAUGACGGAUAUCUGCCCGGAUCGUGAGUAGCCUACCCGUUAUAUGAGGAUGACGCCUCUCAGGUGCACGCGAAAGUGCCUCUGGCUGGCGAUAGUGCUGGUUGUACUCGCGCUGUGCUGGUUUUGGAUUCAGAACCGGAGCAUUGACUUGAGGAGUCUCAUGAGGGAGAUCCAGCAGCAGUCUCCGUGGAGGAAAAAUGCCACGAACAACGAGGCAUUCAGGAGCGAGGUGGAGAAGUGCUGCAAAGUGCAGAACCUAUUCGCAGUCACCCAGCAGAACACCCCUCUUAGCACAGUGCUGUGGUACGACGCCGAGUUCCACCACUCACAUACUGUUGACCCACAUACCUAUUCUCUGCUCAUGAAGGAGUCUCCGCUUCCAAAUCGUCUGAGCUCCUGUGCAGUGGUUGGAAAUGGGGGCAUUCUGAAGAACAGUGGCUGUGGCCACAAGAUUGACCGAGCCCAGUUCAUUAUCAGAUGCAAUCUUCCUCCUCUGACCAGAGAAUAUGCUGAGCAUAUCGGAAAGAGGACUCACUUAGUGACAGCAAACCCAAGCAUCAUAGAACACAGAUUUGGAGGUCUGCAGUGGUCCCGGCGGCCGUUCCUGGACAGCGUGCGCGUGUACGACCGGAGCUUCAUCUACAUGCCGGCAUUCUCUUCAAGUAUCGGCACAGAGCCGUCCUUCAGAGCUGCCCACACCCUCGCUGAUGCCUCAGCCAAUCAGACGCUCCUGUUCGCUCACCCAGAGUUCCUGCGGCGCGUCAGUGCCUUCUGGGCCACCCGGGGCGUUGGUGCUCAGCGUCUCUCCACUGGCAUCUUCAUGCUGACUCUCGCCUCCUCCCUCUGCGACCACGUGGACGUCUACGGCUUCUGGCCUUUUCCGCAUGGACUGGACGGCAAGCCACUCUCCCAUCAUUACUAUGACGAUGAACCCCCCAACAGUUACCAUGCAAUGCCGCAGGAGUUUCUGCAGCUGUGGCAGUUGCAUAAGAACGGAGUCAUACGCCUGCAGCUGGGGAGUUGUGUAUAGCGCAGGACACUAUCGCUACUCUAUAGCGCCACCUGAAAGGUGAACAAUGAUAAUGUGAUUGACCCUGGACCUUUUUUAUUCCUUGAUCUGAUUUUCCUGAAAGGGGAAGGUAUACAGCAAUACUGUGAAAAGAUUGUUGAUGUUUGAACUCAACAUCCAAACAAAUUUUCAAUCAAGACGCAACCACACGCAACACUGAAAAAAAUGAUCCUGUGCAAGAGCUGCCUGCCUUGGAACGGUGAUUAUACGCUACCUGUGCUUGUUUAGCUGGGACUGUGCUUUGUGUGCAGGUGCACCCGUUUUAGCUUCCUAUUUACAUGGCCAGGGUAUGUAAAUAACUGCAUGGAAAUACCAGAUCUUUUUUUUUUUAAAUUGAAGACACAGUAUAGACAGCUAGUGUGACAAUCUGUGAGGAUUUUAUUUGCUACAUGUGACAAAAAGUGUAUUGGUGGUUUAUAAUUGUUACAUCCCAUUCUAUGCUCUGACCAGCACUGGGAGUGCCAUUAAUGGGGAAAAUACCAGUGAGUGGUGACAUGGAUGCCUUGACUUGUGCUUGCUCAGGAAUUUCUCAGCUGCCACUGACUCAUGACUGAUUCCCUGCAGAAACAUGCAACGUUGCUCAACACCCCAAGACACAUGACAGACAGAACUCACGACUUGCAUUGCUAUGAUUGCUUCCUUCCUGUUCACCCCGUGUCACCGAACUACCAGGGCUCAAAUUAUCACAUCCUUCCUGUGCUGGUACAUUCCAACUUAUAAUGCAGUAUGCUCAGCAGAAUUACCCACCCCAAUAGCCGCCCGGAUCUUUGUAAUGACCAUCCUUGUAAUGUCUACAUUUCUUUAAAGUGUAGCCAGUUGGACAACAACAACCCGUGUAGACAUUUAACAGCUAAAGUGAGUCUAAUUACUGGAAAUUUACCCACAGACCGGUCUGCUGAAGUGCCUCUGAUGUCUGAUAUUUGAAAAAACAGCAUUUACACAUUUAAGGAAAUUAAAUGACUUUUUAUGUUCAGUAAAACAAGAGCAGAGAGAUUAAGAAGUUGGGCGCUCAUGUAGAAUGGGAUGAAGAGUAUGUUAGGGAGACAUAACUGUGCUGUGGCUGGACUGGUCUGCUGGAACCUGGACCUCGUCAAUACUAAUCUGUUGGGAAGAUGGAGUUAGAAGAAUGAUGAAGUGUUUGUGUGUUUGUUUUGCUUUGUCCGCUAAAUUGAAGAGAUAUACUGUUCCAGAAAAAGGGGAAAAAACACAGGAUGAAUAACAGACUCAUGGGAAACAUAAGCUGACGAGCUGACUACAAUCUAUCUGUGUGGAUCUCCAGAGAAACAGGAAACAGCUCUGCUGAUGUAUUAGUCAUGAAAUGGAGUCGGGGAGGCAUGAAAUAAUAAAGGCGUCAAUCAACUCA